GUAGUGACUUAUUUUUAAAGGUUCUUGCGCAUACGAAGGUUAGCUAACGUACCCGGCAGAUAUCAGAGAAGAUGCAACCCGGAAUAAUUCUGCUAAAAGAGGGUACCGACUCCUCACAAGGGAUACCUCAGCUCAUAAGCAAUAUAAAUGCCUGUCAGUUCAUUGCAAAUGCAGUCCGUACGACACUCGGCCCUCGAGGAAUGGACAAACUUAUGGUCGACAACAGAGGGAAAUCUACGAUUUCAAAUGAUGGAGCUACCAUAAUCAAUCUUUUAGAUAUAGUUCAUCCUGCUGCUAAGACGCUUGUCGACAUCGCUAAAUCGCAAGAUGCAGAAGUUGGUGAUGGUACAACUUCAGUUGUUCUUCUGACUUGUGAGUUUUUAAAGCAAGUUAAACCAUUCAUAGAGGAAGGUGUCCAUCCUCAGAUUGUAGUGAAAAGUUACAGAAAGGCUGCUAACCUGGCCAUUAAGAGAAUAAAAGAAUUAGCUGUUCCUGUUAAAAAGGAUGAUCCAGAGGAAAUGAGAAAGCUGCUUGAAAGGUGUGCUGCUACAGCAAUGAGUUCUAAACUGAUUGCAUCCUAUAAAGAGUUCUUUGCUAAAAUGGUAGUUGAUGCUGUACUUCAUCUAGAUGAGCUUCUUCCCCUGAACAUGAUAGGUAUCAAAAUGGUUUCAGGAGGUGCCCUAGAAGAUUCCAUGCUGAUAAAGGGCGUAGCUUUCAAGAAAACAUUCUCUUACGCUGGUUUUGAAAUGCAGCCUAAGAAGUACAAAGAUUGCAAGAUUGCAAUGUUAAAUGUAGAACUUGAGUUAAAAGCUGAGAAAGAAAAUGCUGAAGUUAGACUUGAUAAUGUUGAGGAAUACCAAAAUAUUGUUGAUGCUGAGUGGGACAUCUUGUAUGACAAACUGGAGAAAGUGGUCAAAAGUGGAGCAAAAGUGGUUUUGUCAAAGUUGCCAAUUGGGGAUGUGGCUACCCAGUACUUUGCUGACAGAGACAUGUUCUGUGCUGGUCGUGUUGUGGAGGAAGAUCUCAUGCGUACAAUGAAGGCCUGCGGAGGAGCAAUACAGACCUCAGUAAAUGGUCUUACAGAUGAUGUACUUGGGCGUUGUGAACUUUUUGAAGAGAGACAGAUUGGAGGAGAAAGGUACAACAUUUUUAGUGGAUGUCCAGAAGCAAAAACCUGUACAAUAAUUCUAAGAGGCGGAGCAGAACAGUUUAUGGCAGAAACUGAACGCUCAUUACAUGACGCUAUCAUGAUUGUAAGAAGAGCCAUCAAAAAUGACUCUGUGGUUGCUGGUGGUGGUGCUAUUGAAAUGGAGUUAAGUAAAUACCUAAGAGACUACUCGAGAACGAUUGCUGGCAAGGAACAGCUUCUGAUUGGUGCCAUGGCCAAAGCAUUUGAAAUUAUACCCAGACAGUUGUGUGACAAUGCUGGGUUUGAUGCAACCAAUGUGUUAAAUAAACUAAGACAAAAGCACUUCCAAGGUGGAUUGUGGUAUGGUGUGGAUAUCAACAGGGAAGACAUAGCUGACAACUUUGAGGCCUGUGUUUGGGAACCAGCAGUGGUUAGAAUCAACGCAAUAACAGCUGCUUGUGAAGCCGCUUGCCUUAUUUUAUCUGUUGAUGAAACAGUAAAGAACCCAAAGUCAAGUGAUGCAGCUGGAGCAGGGGCAAUGCCAGGAAUAGGUCGAGGCAGAGGACGUGGUCGUCCCAGAUAAAUGAAAACAGUCUUUUGUAGACUAGUAUUACUGAUUGGAUUGGACCUGUUAGUUUUUUCGCAAAGUAAAACAAACGUAUAGUUAUGCGCUUGAUAACUGUUACUGGAAGGCUGUGCUUAGCUCCUGGGUAAACUAGGAAACAUGUUAACCGCGUGCAUCCUUUCCUGAUGUUUUCAUGGUUAGUCACAUGCAAAACAUUGCUACGUGCAGAUAAUUCUUUUUCCAAAUGCAAAAUUUUUCUGUUGAAAGUCUUUCUGCUGUGCUGUGCUGUGCUGUGCAUGAAAUGUUUCUGAGAAACAUUUCAUGCUUCCAAGACGCAUAGCAUGGAAACUUAACAAAUUGACAUCAGUUUCUGGAAACAUGCUUCUUUGUUUAGCCUGGGCCUAUAUUAGUGUGUUAAAGCAACGAAGUAGUGUGAAAAUAAAAUUCAACCAAACCAUUGA